GAGUUGGCGAGCCUUCGAGGCAGGCGGAGGCGGAGGCGGCGGCGGGGCCCCCGACCAUGGUAGCGUGCCGGGGGGGAUCCCCGCUCGGGAAGUGCUGCUGGGCCAUCUGGGUGCUCUUGUGCCGGACCGUGCUGGCCAGCUCGCUGGUGCUGGAGCCCAUCUACUGGAACUCCUCCAACCCCAAAUUCCUUCCUGGACAAGGACUGGUACUGUAUCCAAAGAUAGGAGACAAACUGGAUAUUAUAUGCCCAAAGGUGGACUCUAAAACUGUUGGCCAGUAUGAAUAUUAUAAGGUCUACAUGGUUGAGAAAGACCAAGCAGAUAGCUGCAUUGUUAAAAAGGACAACACACCGCUACUUAACUGUGCCAAGCCUGAUCAAGAUGUUAAGUUUACUAUCAAGUUUCAAGAAUUCAGCCCUAACCUCUGGGGCUUGGAAUUUCAGAAAAACAAAGAUUAUUACAUCAUAUCAACUUCCAAUGGAUCACUGGAGGGCCUGGAUAACCAGGAGGGAGGGGUGUGCCAGACAAAAGCCAUGAAGAUCCUCAUGAAAGUUGGACAAGUUCCCAAUUCUGGUGGGUUCCCAAAUAAUGCUGAUCCAACUAAACGCCCGGAACAGGAAGCUGGUACCAACGGGAAAAGCUCUACAACAAGUCCCUUUGUAAAGGAUCACUCAGGUUCCAACACAGAUGGCAGCAAGGCUGGUCAUUCCAGUAUCCUUGGUUCAGAGGUGGCCUUAUUUGCAGGGAUAGCUUCAGGGUGCAUCAUAUUCCUCAUCAUCAUCAUCACACUGGUGGUUCUGCUGCUGAAGUAUCGGAGGAGACACCGGAAGCAUUCGCCACAGCACACGACAACUCUGUCGCUCAGCACAUUAGCCACCCCAAAACGCAGCGGGAACAACAACGGGUCUGAGCCUAGUGACAUUAUCAUCCCUCUGAGGACUGCAGACAGUGUCUUUUGCCCCCACUAUGAAAAGGUCAGCGGCGACUAUGGACACCCGGUGUACAUAGUCCAAGAGAUGCCCCCUCAGAGCCCAGCGAACAUUUACUACAAGGUCUGACAAAUGCUCGGCAUGGUACCUUUGGGAACUCUUUUCUGGCCAAAUGCUAUCCAUGACGGGGUUGGGUUGCGAUGAACCCCCAUGCAGGUUACUGGACCAGGUGUGGCGGAGGGAACAGCAAGGCCCCCCUCCCCACCCUGUUACAGAGAGAUGGACAGCUUCUCUAGUCUGUAGAAUUCCUGUCUUGGUGGACAAGCUUUGGCUUGGGAGCUGGAAGAAUUUACAUAGAAGAUACCCAUACCAAUUGCUGUACAUUCAUCACCUUCUAAGUCAUGUGCUGCAGGUGUUCAGGCACGUACAAAAAAAGAAAAAAAAGAGAAAAGCCCAGAGAAGAUGAAGCAAUUCACGGAUGAUAAUGGUUUUAGGCAUUCUGGGAAGAAGCCUUAACUCAUCCACCUUGAAACGAAGCCCAGUGACUCUGUGUGUGUGCUUCUCUCUAAGUGCUUAUGGAUUUGUCAUACAGAACCUUGGCUUUUAAGUAAGACUUUUAAUCAUUUUUUUCUUGCUUUUAGUCUGUCCCCGUAUUGCAUUUUACUUCACUUAGGUAGCAUUCUUCAUACACGAAUCAUUUCUCUACACAUCCUGCAUUGCUGUUGGAAAAACAUAAAAUGUUUUUUUGAUAUUCCAUAUUCCCAUCCUUUUCUGAUAGCAGCCUCAGUUGAAUGGAUAACACUCUGGGAGAAUUUGGGCUUGCUAAAAAAGGAAUCUUCCAGCUGAAAGUUAGCUUGUCAGCAGAGUCAUAUGUAAGAUGAGGUGGUGCGGUGUGGAGAAGUGAGAGGGGUAGAGCUGAUUGACUGCUGCCGCUUCUGAAAUCAACUGGACAAUGCCUGACAAUUUAGGUAGCACAGCACUUUGGAGUUCUAAGAGGCAAGCACGUUCGGGGAUACAGUAACGACAGUCAGUGGGUUAGGGCUGCACUUGAAAGAUGCCAAGGUUAUUCUCAAGUUGCAGCAUAUAGGAGAAACUAGUUCUCUCCCUCAAAGUAGGACAAAGAGAGGGGAAGUCGAUGAUCGUGCCUGGAAGACAAGACAGCAGAAGGCCAUUGGUGAUAUAUUAGGGGCAGGACUACUGCGGUACUGUACCAGCAAUAAGAUGUACAGCUUUGAAGAAGCUGGAGCAGAAUCUUGGCUUGCUUCAGAUGACACUUGGUUUUUAAAAGCAGGCUCAGCUGCUAUAGUUAUCACAUUUUAACUAAUGACAAGGGGAGAAAAACUGUUUGAAAAAACAGCAACAUCUGACUGAGAGGGGGAAAUUACAAGCUUAAACUGUCAAGAGGGCUAUAAUUCCAUCUCUUUAAAAAGAAAGGAAAUUCAGAUCUCUUUUUUACAAAAAUUAUCAGGGUUUUAUUUUUCCUCCAUUCAAGCCUUUUAACAUUUCUAGUUUCCAGCAGUGUAUUCACAAAGUGAUGUUGUCGUGGACACUGCUGUUCCUGGGGUUGUUCUUUUUCAGAAUUAAAGCACAUAUGGUAAACUGCUUAUGGUCCAUAAAAAAUGCAAUACAUUCAAGACACAAGAGCAGGGGUUAGGGAAAGGAAGGUAUGUCUUAUUUAUAAUAGGUGUAUAGAACCCAAGGGAUAUAAAGUAGCAGAUUUUGUUAUGAUUACUAAUAUAUAUAUAUAUCUAUAUAUAUAGAAAGAGAGAGAGAGAUUGCACAGAAUCUAUACCAGAAGAUGUGAAAUUCAUCUGUGGCAGUAAAAAUUAAAUCUUAAAAUAGUCAGCAUUAAAGCAAAACAAUUUGGGCAGCUUCUUCUGGGAAAGAAAUAGCUUCACUCCGAAAAGAACAAUACUGAGAGGAAAUAUAAAAAUAACUAGGCCCUCUAAAGCUAUCUUUCAUAACAGUAGACUAGGAAAUACAAGCCCCAAAAUACCACAAAGUCAAUGUUAAGUGCAUCAUACAUUUUAACAACAAGAUAAUUCUGGUAGAGUUCCCCCCCAUGUUGUGUCCUCCCCCCCCCCUUGCCUUAUGGGAUGGAAUAUUCCAGCUAGUCACAAAUAGGAGAGUUCCAGUGUAAAGUUUCUGCUUGAAGCAUGGUAGUUGUCCUCCCUCCAACCUCUACACCCUGGGGGAAAGAAAAAAAAUCUACUUAUUUAUGUGCUAUGCAAAAUAGAUGUCUUUUCACAUAGUCCUGUUACCAUAGUAACGCUUCACUUUCUGGACUGGAAAGAACAUGUAACUACAGCGUUUUAAGGUUCUCAAACCUCCACUGAGCACGUGCAAAAAUGUACUGUCACAGAAAUGAUUACUCUCUGUAUUUUCUGAACCUGAAAAUGUUGAUCCGAAAAAGGGAGAGGGGGAGAGGAGGGUGGAAAGGAAGCAGGGUUCUGUGGGAGGUUACCAUGGUAACUAACUACAAUACAGAUGUAGUUCUUUCCUUAAAGCCUUCCUCUCUGUGAAUCCAUCCAUGCAAGAUUUUUUCCCCCUUGUAAGUCAUUAAGAUUUUGUUUUGGGGGAGGGGAAAUAAUGGUGGGCCUGAUUUUUUUUUUUUUUUUUUUUAAACCAACAAUAUGAUUAAACGGUUGGUUGUAUUCUGAUUAUAUACUAAACUGGUCCGUGGGGGAUUAGGAGAUCUGGACAAAUCAAUGGGGGAAAGAGCACCCUACAACCAACUGAGGGGGGGAGAGAAAAAAGAACCCCAUGUAUCUGUGUUGUGUCUCGUGCAGAAUAAUGACAAUCUUACCAACUGUUCCUUUGGUAGGUGUGUUGGUUCAGCUUUGAGAAGUUACUGUAAAUGCCUUGCUUUGUGUUACCCCUUGAUCACUUAACUUUUUGGAAUUUGCACCAUCCUGUCUAAAGAGUGAAGAUGCUGUAAAUAAAUUCAGAUUUACUGUAUAUGGAUUUGGGGUGUUACAGUAGCCUUAUUCACCUUUUUAAAGUAAAUAUAAAAUUAAAAAUACACAUGGAAAACAAGAAAAAACAUCUUUUCUUAACCAGAUUGUGUAUAUAGAGCAACAUUGGUUUUUUAUAAAGUCUAAGCAAGAUGUUUUGUAUAAAAUCUGACUUUUGCUAUGUAUUUAGCUACAGCUUGUUUAAAGGCAGUGUCAUUCCCCUUUGCACUGUAUCCAGGAAAAAAAAAGAUAUGGUAUAAAAAAGGUUGCCAAAUUGCUGCAUAUUUGUGCUGUAAUUGUGUACCAUGAAUAUUUAUUUAAGAAUUCCUUUGUCCAGUUUGUAAGUAACACAGUAUUAUGCUUGAGUUACAAAUAAUUUUCUCUCUCUUUU